AGUUAGGGUGCCACAACGGGACAACCCACACCUUGCAUACACAUUCUUACACACCCGCACGCACACAGCAAAUACAUUACAAGCCACAAGGGGAAGACGAAGAGAGUGAAACUGAAAAACGAAGGAUCAGAGAAGAGAGAGAUAUGGCACACAAAACAGGAAUCCCUGUCCGGGUCUAUCUGGGCACCUUACUUGCUACUCUCUGUCUCCACCCCAUCACCGUCGGAGGAGUUGACCAGCUGUUGAACAAGAUCCCUUCAUCUUCUCUUCCUGCAGCCGCAUUGAAGCUGGAGGUGGCACUGGACAAUGGAGCCACAACUCUGAACCACUCGAUGGCAAUGGUGCAACGCAUGGAGGCCCUGCUGGCCCAGGGCAAUGGCAGUGACGUGGCCCUCCGAGUGCAGACGGUAAACACAGAUGAGGUGAAGGUGAUCCAGGCACACACCCUGGUGCUCACUCUGCAGAGCGACGUGUUUGAAGAAUUGCUGCUCAGUCGUAACACCAGCACUGUGGUCCUGAGAGAGCCUGCUGACUGUGCAGCAGUCUUUGACAAGUUUAUCAGGUAUCUCUACUGCGGUGACAUCUCUGUGCGUCUGGACCAGGCAAUCCCUUUGCACAAGCUGGCCAGCAAGUACCAUGUGUGGAGCCUCCAGCAGGGACUGAACCAGUACAUGACGGGACACCUGUCCAGUGACUCUCCAACGGGCCACGUGGUGAGCUGGUAUCAGUACGCCAUGCAGAUCGGUGACAUGAAUUUGAGGGACAGCUGCCUUCAGUAUCUCUCCUGGAACCUGUCGUCGGUGUUGCAGAGUGGCGAGUGGGGCUCCAUCAGCGACGACCUGCUGCUAUCCCUGCUGCAGCGCUCCGACCUCAUUCUGCAGAGUGAGCUGGAGCUCUUUGAGGCCUUGGAGUCUUGGAUUGGCCAGAACCAGCCGGCCAGCAUGACGGUGGAGAAUGCCCUGAAGCAAGUGCGCUAUGGGAUGAUCCCACCGCAGCACCUGUUUCGCCUGCAGAAGCAGUCACCGCUCAUGUUAAAGUAUUAUGAGUCCAUCCGCGACCUGCUAUUCCUGGCCUUCCAGUUCCACUCGGCAUCCCCCGUCCAGCUGGCUAAAUACUUUGAUGUCAACUGCAGCAUCUUCACUCCGCGCAACUAUUUGUCACUGUCGUGGGGCUCGCCAUGGGUUAUAAACAACCCUACACGUGACGACCGCAGUUUCAGCUUCCAGACACAGCUUGGCCCCAGUGGGAGUGAUGCCAGCAAGCGGGUGACCUGGAACGCUCUGUUCUCCCCACGCUGGCUCCCGCUCACUGUGCGCUCCACCUUCACUAAUGAGAUGCAGGCUACACGCACCGAUAGUGGCCGUCCACGCAUCAUCGUCACCCCGGCCACUUCAAGCCCCGACUUUGCCGGUGUAAGCUUCCAGAAGACAGUGAUUGUGAUGGCAAGACAGGGAGGGAAAAUGGUGGUCCGCCACGUCUACAACUUCCACCAGAGCACUGAGGAGGCUGGGGAUUUCCUGGUGGAUGCCGACCUUCAACGCCGGGCGUCCGAGUACCUCAUCGACAGCUCCCUCUAUCUGCACGUUGUGGUAAAGCCCCUCUACCAUAGCCUCAUCGUGGCCAGGAAGUAAGCCUUAGGCCAAGAUGUUGUCGUUGCCUCAAUAACCAACCAUUCACUAAAUUAGGUAUAUGGUACAAGAUUAUGAAAACAAAGAUUUUGACUUAAUUUAGGUACAAGGGAUAAGGUAAGCAGUGUGUUAGGGCUAGGUUUAAAAUUAGAUUUAAAGUACAUAAGUUAUCAAAAAAAGACUGGGUUUUUUACUUUGAAACUUGUCCACAUAGAGACGAUCAUAACCACCAGUGUUCUCCUCGUCGUCCCCGAGCCUGCAAAGUCACACAGGCAAACCACUAUUCCUAGCAACACACUCAUAUCGUAACACCUGUUUUUGGCCUGGUAUUGGGCACCUCUGUUCAACAUAAGUAAACGGUGCUUUUAGCAGUAGUGGUUAAAUUUGUCUUCCAUCUGUUUUAGCUUUAAAAAAGGUGUCUAUUGCCAGGUUUAACUGUCUUGGACCUACAGUGCCAUCAGAAAGUAUUCGGAACCCCUUGCUGUCAUUACAUUAUUAGGCUAAAGACUUUAUUUAUAUUAAUGAAUGGUUUUUGCCAUCAAUCUACACACAAUACCCAAUAAAGGGGAUCAGGUUUUAUUAAAAUACAUCAAUGUAUUAUGCUUCCCUCAUCCUUCCCUCAAACCUGACCAGUCUCUCAGUCCUUGCCGCUGAGAAUCUUCCCCAUUGCAUGAUGUUCCCACCACCACCAAGCUCUCCUAUGUCUUCAGAGAAACUCAGAAGCUGUAUAGGAGUGGCUGUUGUGUUUUUGGUCAGCUACUUGAACAUUUCAAAGCUUUUUUUCGCUUAGUCGUUGUUUGGUAUUCUGUGUUGAUUGAUUGAAAAAUAAAAAUAAAUCUUAAUUAAGUCUACAACAAAAUAAUCACAAAAAACUGUGGAGAAAGUGAAGGGAUCUCAAUAUUUUCUGAAGGCACUGCAUUACAAUCAAUGCUUAAAAUGAAAGACUAUGAGAGAAAAUCUCACCAAAUUGUUUCCUACCCCAAAACACCGUAGUGGAAAACCCAUCAAUGUACUCUAUUAUUUGGAAUAUUUAUGUACAUUCUUGGCCAUUUCCUUGAUUGUCCCCGAUUAUUAUUAAAGGUGUAUUCUCAUCACAUGUUUAAUUAUAUGAUGGUAUCUACAUAGGUAUAUUGCAACUAAUUGCUUUUUACAUCACUGUCCAUAUUUGGUAUUGUUUUCAUCAGCCAAACUUUCACUUUUUUGGUGCUAACCAAACCCUGCAGGAUCAAGUGAAGCUUAUUUAAUUUCUUUGUAGAUUUACUUCACACCAUAUGUACUGUACAAGACAAAGAACAUGCAUACAAUUAGUUAUAAUUACACAUAUGUUUACACGCCUAAAUGUUAUCGCCAUGCUCAGUGACCAGCGACCAGCAAAAGAACAUACCAGUGUUUCUUCAGAAACCAUUGAGCUAUGAGUUAUUACCCUACUAUUCUUUACAAGAUGGGGUGUAGUUCUACUGUAUCUUUAACUUUAACAAAGUUUUAGUCCUAUUAGAACAGCUGUUUUGUGAGUAGUGCUAAUAUAAUUCAUUAUGCACAGGCUUAUGAGUGACAUUACAUUUUAGGGUUUUGAUGGUGAGGGGUCUUUUGAAUUUAACAGUUAUUGGUUUGUGUAGCUAUUUCUCUAUGUCAUUUUCCUAGAUCCUGAAAUAAAAACUAUAUUUUCCCCAGUC